AUGAGGGACUCCGCGGGUGCGCCUUCCGUAGCCUUGGCAAACUAUGAGAUGAACAUGAGCCAGCGCUGCAGGACCUACCGUUUCACGCCCACUACAUCUCACAUUCAGUUGAUAUGCAUCAGCGUUUGCUUGCAAAACGUGACGUUUUAUGGACUAGAGCUGUUCACGCACUGGCUGUUGGCUACACAGAGGUUGAAGAGCCAUAGAAACACAAGUCAAAGGGAGCAAGAAGGGAGGCUCGCCCUCAAGGACACGGUAGACGAAGUUUGUGCCAUUCUGGACAUUCUUGGAGUUGCUUGCGUCGAUCGCGGACGUGUUGCGGACGAAGAUGCACGCGACCUGGUUCAAGAACUACCGUGCGACCUGCAGGUAGGCGCUGAGCAUGCGGCGUCCACACCUCCGAACGCUGACGUUCUGCAGAGCAGCUGUUCUCAGAGGCUGCUCAGCACUGAGAACAAGUUUAGCGUAAACGAGAAUAACGGCGAGCUUUCGAACAUUUCCUUGUCCGCUUUGCUGAUUUCUUCGUAUGCGGAUUUUGUGGAGCAAGGAUGGAACCUCCGUUUCUACGGUCUUGCUAACAACCUCCCAAACGUCAACACAUCAGGCCUCGACUCACAGAUUAAUGACUUCGAAACCAACAACCUCAACCAAACCAAGCAAUCCCUCCUACAAAACCGCACUCGGUACCUCUCCUCCAUCCCCAUCUCGCAUAUGAACCUUUCUGCCGUCGUUCUCACGAACGGUACGGUUCAAACGUCACAACGAUGCCUAUCGCAUUGA